AAACUAGGGGCCUGGGUAAAUGUCAUUGCGUUAAUUGUUUUAUUGUUCUUUUCCGUGAUUGCACUGUCGGUGUUUUGAUUAGAGACAGGCGAUUCUUUUAAUUUUAAUUGAUCGCUUUAAUUCAAAGGUAACUGCCACUUAAAACAAUUUUGAGUAAAUAUACGCGUGAAAAACAGUAAUUAGUUUGAAAAUAUGUUUGUUCUCUUAGUACAUCAGUUAUUAUUUGAUUAGACAUCAUUGAAACAAUAUCAUAUAUGUAAUUGUUUAAUGUUCAAAAUGAGUAUUCCUAAUCAGCCUCGAAAUUUUGCGUUUCCUAAGCGUACAUUCGGGAAGAAAAAGCCAGAACAGCGUUCAUUCCAAUCUUGUUGGUUUGAUUCCUUCACAUGGCUCCACUACGAUGAGAGCCGGGACCUUGCGUUCUGCCAUCUCUGCAUGGCGGCCAAGAAGUUGGGCAAGAUCGGCAACACGAAGGUGGACGGCAGCUUCAUCAGUGACGGCUUCUUCAACUGGAAAGCGGGUACCGAGAAGUUCCGGAAGCACGACGAAAGCGAGUGCCACAAGGAGGCGGUCGAGCGACCGGUGACGCUUCCCGCCACGACGCGUGACGUGGGAGAGAUGCUGUCAGCGGGGCACGCUAAGGAGAAGGCCGACAAACGGAAGUAG